AGAUGCGUCCUUCUCUUUUUCCUAUAAAAUUGAUCCCUCUCCAUCUCCAGCUUCGACAUCGCCUCGCCGAUAAGCAUCGCCGGAGGUUUGAUAUCCCGCGUAGAAGAAGAUGAGUUACUACAACCAGCAGCAGCCACCGAUCGGCGUCCCUCCGCCACAGGGGUACGGGAAGGACGCCUACCCGCCGCCGGGGUAUCCUGCGUCCGGCUACCCACCUCAGCAGGGCUACCCGCAGCAGGGCUACCCGCCGCAGUACGCGCAACCGCCGCCCCGGAAUCAGCAGAGCAGCGGGCCUUCCUUCGUGGAAGGAUGUUUAGCGGCGCUUUGCUGUUGCUGCCUUUUGGAUGCAUGCUUCUAAAGACGAGGGAGGAGGAUGGUUUCUCUUCUUGAGAGAGACAUUUAAUAUCAUUUCUGUAUGUUAAUUUACGUUAAUACUCCUGUUUAUAUCUACGCAUAGUAUACUUCUAAAAAAAUGUGACUUACAUUUCGAGAUUCAAAAUCUCCGUCAAUAAAAACGGCAUAAAAUAAAGAUA